GUCUAAAGGGAAACUAGUAGCAAAUGAAAAUGUUUCGACAGUUUGCAAUACUCGGUCUUUUCGUAUAUCUGGGAAAGACGGAUAGCCAUGCCUCAAAUUCAGAUACGUCUACGCUUCAAAGUUGCGUUUUAAAGUGCCUCGGAAAUGACAUUUUUGGCUGCAUUAGCGAGCCUGAAGUUGACAGCCACAAGGCGUAUUUUAUGAACACUCUUAUUGACAAUUGCUUCCCGGAAAGUGACAUCGGGCAGUGUUUUGAAGAUACUUUCCUGCAGGAGGCGGGAACAUGGUGUGAACAUUUACGGGAACGUGAUGAUAUCGCAAAUCAAAUCAAUACAUGUUAUACGGAUUGCAGCGCCAACCCUAUUAGUGUUCCGCGACAAAAUGCAGUUGAAUUCGAGACAGAAUUCAAGCCAAUGGAGUUGACAUCUGAAUUCGAGUCCGAGCGCAGUGAAUAUGUGGCCCCGCAGCUGGAAGGGAUUUGCAAAGAUUCCCGUUUCAGGGGAUUUCUAUGCAGCGAAGUAAUGGCGAAUGCAACCACUGCUGGGAACUCGCUGUGUAGACCGGAUCACCGAUGCGGGUUUCACGAAGAGGCCUACUACUGGUGCUUCACGACCCUCGAUGACGACUGGGACUAUUGUUGCACAGGUGCUUGCGACUACCACGCUGAAGAUUUCCUCCAUUGCGAAUCGGGGUCUGAGUGGCAGUUUUGUGGCGACGCAGGUACAGUUACGACAGGACACAGGCAAGACAACGUCCCCUACAACUGUAGAAGCGACCAUCCGUGUGGACUCCACCGUGAUACUGGGGAUUUUAAUUAUUAUUGGUGUUUCGUAGAUAGUACAUCGUGGGACUAUUGUUGUAGUCCCCGGGAGUAUGACCACUUAUGCGACUUUAAUCGGGGCGCCCCCUAUAGAUGGUGCAAAUACACAUAUCAUCGUGAUUACAUCUUGAACGAGUGGGCAUUUUGCACCCCGAUGAGUAAUAGUUCUACAACAGUCUGAGAAGGGACGAAUAAAGCUGCCUUAUCCUUGUGUGAACUUAUUUUCAACCCAUAUUAAUUUAAGGUCAAAUAUGAUGACAAAAUUUGAUAAAUUUAUUCAUGAAUUAAAUGUACCAGCUUUGAUAAGUAGCAUGUGUUAAAUCAUGUAACUAAAUGUGUUUAAUUUUUACGAACUAAUUUGACAAAGUGCACCUUUAAGCUAAUAGUAACUUAAUAUCAUUGGAAAUACAUUACACUAUGAUAUACAUUUAUCACUUUCUGUUUGUGAAUAUAAAAAAACAUAUUUGAAAAAGUAAUAUAAAUAAUAUGAUUCUCAAAUUAUCC